AUUUAAUUGUUUAGUUUUAAAAAUUUGGAUAUCUUUAAUUGGAUUUGUUGAAUUAUGUUAAAAAAUAAAAAUAAAAGCAAUACAAUUAAGGUGUUUCUAUUUUGCUUAAUAUUGUGCUAUGUAAUAAGCAGAUUAAAAAACAAACUAUUUUAAAAAUUCUUAGAUUUACCUGAUUUAAAUUAGUAUCCAGUUAUUGGAAUUUACGCAUAACCUUCUUCCUAAAAGAAAGAAUAUGUCAGACAAUAUUAUCAAUAUGUAUUGAAUGCUAACAUAAAAUGGAUUCAAAUGCAAGGAGCUUAGACAGUAAUUAUUCCUUUUGAUGAAACCUAGGAGUAUUAUGAUAAUAUAUUUAGUAAAAUUAAUGGUAUUCUUUUUACAGGUGGCAGUUUAAAUAUUAAUAUAAAUAAUCCAGUCGAUUCAUAUUAACCUAAAACUGGUAUUAAUUAGUGGACCUAAAACGCCGCUUAUUUAUUGAACAAAGCAAUUAAAGCUAAUGAUGAUGGAGACUUCUUUCCUGUUUGGGGUAAUUGCUAAGGCUUUUAGCUUUUACAUUAUAUUAUAAGUGGAUAUAAUUAUACGAUACUUAAUUAUAUAACAAAUGAUUUUAACACUACAAGGAACGCCCAAUUUUAUAACAUAGAAUCAUCUAACUUACUAUAACAAUUCGACAAGCAAAAUAUUUAAUAUUCGCAAUCAAAUUCCCCUUUUUUAUAUCUUCACGAACUUGGAGUAACUGAAGAAGAUUAUAAAUAUAAUCCCUCCCUUAAAGAAUUUUUUUAAAUUGUUGGCGUUUCAGUUAAUUCAACAAGCUUCUAAGAUAAAAACGCAUUUAAAUAUCUUGCAAUCGUAGAAGGUAAAAGAUAUCCUUUUGCUGGGGUUUAAUUUCAUCCAGAGUACACAAUCUUUGAAACUUCAUUUGACUCUAAUCACUCCCUUGAAUCGCUAAAUAUAGCCUCAUAUUUCUCUCGUUACUUUGUUUCAUUAGCUAGAAAGAACGGACAUAGAUUCUCUGAUAUUGAAGAACGUAGUAAUUUCUUAUCUUACAAUUAUCCAACUGUUCACAUUGAUGGAUAUUUGUUUAACUAAGUAGUUUUUAUGGAUAGAAAAUAAAAUGAUUGA